AUGCUUCUGGGAAGAUACAACAAUUCGACCAAUAACUGGAAUCAGCACACUACUGGAAAUGAUUGGGAGCCUGUGCUUUCUGUUGGUGAGGUUAAGAAGAAAACGAUAAAUGGCAAGGUGAAUGCAACGAUUACAUGGAACAAUCCUGUCUCACUAAAGUCUGUUUUCCCUAAAGAGAUUGCAGGUAGGUCAUUAAGAGAAUUCCUUGGGGGUGUAGGUGUUUCUAUUGUAACAACAAACGGUACUCUUGUGUUCCCAGUCCAGGCAAUGAGUUCAAUUAGGAGGACCACUGCAAUGAUUAUGUAUUCUCAGGAUGAUGGUGAGACAUGGAAGUUCGCAAACGGUAUCACUGCACUGGAUUGUACCGAAUCUUCUAUUCUUGAGUGGGAAGGGAAGCUCAUCAUGAACAGUCGCGUUGACAUUGGUUACCGCAAAGUCUUUGAGUCCACAGACCUGGGGGAGACAUGGAAAGAAGCUGUUGGUACACUCUCCCGAGUGUGGGGGAACUCACCAUCACGUAAAGGACCUGGUAGCCAGAGUCCCUUCAUUCCUGUAACUAUUAGGGGGAAGCGUGUGAUGUUGUUUACACACCCCCGGAAUUUCAAGGGUAGAUGGAACCGUGACCGACUCCACCUAUGGGUAACGGACAACAACCGCAUAUUUGAU